AAUCGGUUUUGUGUCGAUUGACGAUAAACAUCUCAGUAGAAGAAAAUCUCAAAUUUUGAACAGAUUUUUAAAUAAAUUUUCAGAUUAGCAUAUGCUGAAAGAUUAUUUACGAUGGACGACAACAACUCGCUCAUCUACGGAUUGGAGUUUCAGGCUCGCGCUCUCGCUUCCCGGCAAGCGGAAAGCAACGACGUUCGGUUCUUCCUGGCCACCCAGUCCCUGAAGCCAAACAACCAGCUGCACGUCGUGGACCUGGACGAGGACAGCUCAACGCUGCAAGCGAAGAUCUUCUCCCACCCACUAGGCGAAGUCUGGAAACUGACGGCCAGCCCUCACGACGGAAACGUCCUCGCGUCCUGCUUCAGCACCCUGGGCUCUCAGGGGGUCAUGCAAACGGCCCUGCUACGGUUGCCGGACCAGCUGACCUCGCCGGAUGACGAGGCGGAAUUUCUUCAGUUUGCUGACGUGGAAGUGUUGAACACGGAGGGGUACGGUGGGGAGAUCCGUACGACGGAGUUCCACCCGACGGAUGGGAAUUUGCUGAGCACGGUCAUUGAUGGGAAGAUUUUACUGUUUAAUCGGGCGGAAGCUUCCACCAGGUUGGUGGUGGAAAUUAAUGCGAAGAACGCACCUAAAUUUUCCGCUGGACGGUGGUCACACUUUAACCAGGGAAAUCAGUUCAUAACGCUUUACGAAUCGUCGGUGAGGUCGUACGACGUCCGCGAGCCGAACCAUUGCGCGUGGGUCAUCGAGGACGCGCACAGUCAGUUGGUGCGGGACUUGGACUGCAAUCCGAACAAGCAGUGCCACAUCGUGACCGGUGGCGACGAUGGCGUCAUGAAGAUCUGGGACUUUCGGAACACGAAGGAGCACGUGUUUGCGCGGAACGACCAUCACCACUGGAUUUGGAACGUGCGGUUCAAUACGUAUCAUGAUCAGCUGCUGCUGUCGGCGGGCAGUGACGGGAAGAUUAUGUUGACGUGCGCGAGUAGUGUGAGUUCGGAAGCGUUGGAAAGUGUGGGAGGAGGUGGUGAUGAAGAGGAGCGGACCAAGGAACAUCUGGCCGAUGGGCUGCUGCAGACGUUUGAUCAGCACGAGGAUUCAGUUUACUGCGUCGAGUGGAGCACGGCCGAUCCGUGGCUGUUUGCCAGCUUGAGCUACGACGGAAGGAUGAUUGUUUCGAAGGUGCCGAAGCAGUACAAGUAUCAGAUAUUGCUGUAAUUUCUAUUUACCUAAAUGUAUUCUAUUUAUGCUAAUUUACAAAUAAAGGAACCGUACUAAACACUGUUUCGUGGUA